UUUUUAUACGUGGAUACAAUGGUUUUAGUUCUUGUUAUAGGUGACUUGCAUAUUCCUCACCGAGCACAUGAUUUACCUUUCAAAUUCAAAAAGUUAUUAGUACCUGGCAAAAUCCAACAAAUUAUUUGUACCGGUAAUAUCUGUGAUAAAGAAACUUUGGACUAUUUGAAAACCAUUGCUGGCGAUGUUACUCUUGUCAAAGGUGAUUAUGACGAGAAUACAAAUCUUCCUCAAGCCAAGCUAUUGACAAUUGGAGGUAUCCGUGUAGGUGUCUUACACGGACAUCAAGUGAUACCCUGGGGUGAUGUUGAAUCAUUGGAUAUUACAGCUCGACAAAUGGAAGCCGACUUACUGUUAAGUGGACAUACUCAUCGAUUUGAAGCAUAUGAAUAUAAUGGACGAUAUUAUAUCAAUCCUGGAAGUGCUACUGGUGCUUACUCUUCAUCUCCUGAUAAUGCCGAACCUAUCCCUUCUUUUGUCUUGAUGGAUAUUCAAGGUAACUCGGUAGUGACCUAUGUUUACAAGCUUAUCGAUGAUGAAGUCAAAGUAGAAAAACUGGAAUACAAAAAGAAUGUUGAUCCCAACAAAGUAUUGUAGUUAUCACUUCCAUUUAGUUUCUCUCAUAUCCUAUUUCCCUAUACACCCCUCCUAUAUAUAUAGUUGAUUAUCUGUAUUCGUAACCCAAUUCAAAUCAAUAAAAUAUAUUUAUAUAUAGUUAA